AUGGUGCACUAUAAGCUAACAUAUUUUGCUAGUCGUGGAUUUGCUGAAGCAUCUCGCCAAAUUUUCAAAUUGGCUGGAGUUGAAUUCGAAGAUAUUAGAAUUAUUCACGGAGAUGGAACUUGGGAUGAAUUGAAAUCCAGUUAGUUUUUUUUGUGCCAACAAUUUUGGAAAGUUUCAAACAUUUUUAGAGACACCAUUCGGACAAAUCCCUGUUUUGAGUGUUGACGGAUUCGAAAUCCCACAAUCAUCAGCAAUUUUGAGAUAUCUUGCAAGAAAAUAUGGUUUUGUUGGACAAACACCAGAAGAAGAAGCUUGGGUUGAUGCGAUCGUUGAUCAAUUCAAGGAUUUUAUCGAGGCGUUCAGACAAUAUGCAACAGCAAAUCGUCUCAACAAACCAGCUGAAGAAAUCGAUCGCGUCAAAACAGAAAUUGCAAUUCCAGCUCGUGAUGCAUAUUUCAAAAUUUUGAAUACAAUUCUCGAGAGAUCAAAAUCUGGAUUCCUUGUUGGAAACAACGUGACUUUUGCGGAUUUGGUUGUAGUCGACAAUUUAGUGACCUUGGAAAAGAACGGUUUUCUCAACAAAGGAGAACAACCAAAACUUGAUGCACUUCGCCAAAAAAUUCACAAUCUUCCAAAACUCAAAGAAUGGAUUGCAACUCGUCCAGAUACACAAUACUAA